AUGGAAUCUCGUGCGAAUGAUGAUAUGGUGCCGAGAAUGAUGACUUAUGCGGACUGCGAGGCAUUUUUUGGAUCGGUAACCAGAGGCUCCAGGGAGGAUUUGAUUCGAACUCUCAACAUCCACGGAAAGGCAGUGACUACCGAAUUGUCAAAAUCGUACAACGAACACGGGCAGACCCCUCUACUGGUGGCCAUCCAGCAAGGAAAUUUGGACAUGGUCAAAUUCUUGGUCGACAAACUGGACGUUCCCAUCGGGAAAAUUGGACGAUUCGUGUGCAGUGGCGUCGAACACCUGGACGUUCCAGCGCUGUACGCGGCUAUCGUUUGCGGAGAAUUAGACAUUUCCACCUAUCUUCUUUCCAUUGAAGUGCGAGCCGGUCAGCAAACCACCCAAAUGAUCAUCGAGUCCAUCGUCUCCAGUCCCAACGGCCGACAGGAGAAGAUCAACAUUCUGGAACUGAUGGGCGCAGUCAAUUUUUACUUUUACGAAACGCAUCCAGCCCCGCAAAACGGCCUCAUGUACUGGAGGGCAGCCCUGCAUCUUCGCCAAUCGACGGUCCAUGGUGAAGCGGACGUAAUGCCAAACGAGUUUGCAGUCACGUUAGAACAACUGGAGCAGCUGUCUAGACUCGAGCUCUUCACCCAAGCAGUUUUGGUCAGCCAGCGAGUCCUGGACAAGGUCCAUCCUGGUCCUCAUAUCUUCAAUCUCGCCUUCUUGUGCCAUUGGGCAUCUAUUUGUUCCUUCCGCCAAGGCCAGAGCGGCCGCGCCAUACACAUGUUGAUGUACGUCCUACAGCAAUCACAAGCACUUGAACACUGGAAGGGAUUCAAGACGAGUCAAAUCAUCAACUGGGCCCUCGACAUUAUUGAGACGAGCAUCAUCAAUCUACAAGAAAGGCCGGGACAAGAGGAGUUUUCGUUUGCCAGUUUCAUGGCAAUGUUCAAUUUCACUAGUCACUACAUGUCCUAUCUGCAAGGGAAUCGCCAACUACGCAAUAUUGACCGGAGCACUCUGCUCGGUCUGGCAAGUGUCUUAGUGCAAUUGAUUUUUUGGUCCAGUGAGCUGAUGCCGCAAUGGAGUGAUGAGGAUCGCACAAAGUUCAAGCGAAGUUUUCAUGAAUUCUUACUGAAAGAUCAGAGAUGGGGAAACGCCAAUCACAAUUUUUUACAAACACUUUGCCAUCUGAAGAGUAUUGAUCAUACGUUCGCUGCAAUUCACCAACAAAUGGACAGCGAGAGCGACGAAUGUCUGUCACGCGGCGAUAAAGAAAUCGGAGAUGACAUGUCUGAGGACGAAACUGACGUAGUGAAGUUUGAACUAAUCAGAGAUUAUCGUGAAGAAGACAAUGAGGUUAGUGAACCGGACGAACAAUGGACGCUGUCCAUCAUCCAGAUGAUCCUUAGACUCGGAGCCGAUCCUAACGCAGCUGACCUCAACGGAGCGACUCCCCUCCACUUACUGGCCAUGAAUCGUGGCAAUCUCGCUCAGUCUAAUCUGCUGAUAGAAUACGGCGCCGAAAUAUACCAAUCGGACGUGAGCGGCUCGACACCCUUGAUGCUGUUUCAGGAAUGGCAAAACCAACUUGCCAGUCAGGGCAAUCCUGAUCCAAACCUCCAAUUCCUCAUCGGCUGCGCUUUACCACCGCCUCUGAGCUGCUUGGCUACUCGAGACCUACAGCACUAA